AUGGCCUACGCAGUCCUCGCCGGCCUCACACCAGAAUUUGGACUCUACACGUCCUUCACUGGCGCUGUCUUGUACUGGAUAUUCGGAACCUCGAAAGAUAUCGUCAUCGGGCAAAAGACUACCGCAGUUGGGUCGUUGCUUGUCGGCCAAGUCAUCAAUCGCGUCAAAGACAGCGGCGGACCCGGUUACAAAAACGAGGAAAUCGCACAUACACUCAGUCUGCUCUGCGGUAUUGUUCUCUUCUUUUUUGGCCUUCUCAGGCUGGGGUGGAUUAUCGAGUUCAUUCCUUAUAUUCCCAUAAAUGCCUUCGUUACGGCCGCCAGCAUAACCAUCAUGUCUACCCAGCUCCCGACGACGCUGGGAAUCACUGGCAUCAACAACCAAGAGCCGCCAUACCGCGUCAUCAUCAACACUUUGAAGGCGCUCCCCAAGGCCAAGCUCGAUUCAGCGAUUGGACUGUCUUCCAUUGCACUGCUCUUUGCAAUUAAAGGCUUCUGCUCCCAUAUGGAGUCGAGACAGCCAACUCACAAACGUGCUUGGUCAUUUGCUUCGUCGCUUCGCCUAUCAUUUACCAUGCUACUCUUUACGCUCAUCAGCCGUCUGGUGCACGGUCAAGGCGAGAUACUCGAGCCCAAAUUUCGCAUUGUCGGUAAUAUAGAGCGAGGAUUCCAGAAGGUCGGAGUUCCACGUGUCGAUAUGCAGCUUCUUCGUCUCAUUCUCCCGGAGCUUCCUGCUGUGGCCAUUAUCCUCAUAAUCGAGCACAUUGCCAUUGCAAAGGCCAUGGGAAGACUGUUCAACUACAGCAUCAACCCGUCGCAGGAAAUUGCCGCCCUAGGAGGCGCGAAUCUUCUGAGCCCUUUCGUGGGAGGCUAUGUUUGCACUGGCUCCUUUGGCGCAUCCGCAGUGCUGUCAAAGGCUGGUGUCCGCACGCCCCUUGCUGGCUUGUUCAGCGCGGGGAUGCUAAUUCUGGCGCUUUACUUGCUUACUGGAGUGUUCCGUUACAUUCCCAAAGCUGCUCUAUCGGGGCUUAUUAUCCAUGCUGUCUGCAGCCUAAUCACUCCGCCUAAGAAUCUAUACAAGUACUGGCAAUUUUCACCUCUGGAGCUGCUCAUCUGGGUAGCAUGCGUCGCUAUGGCGAUAUUCCAGUCUCUUGAUCAUUCAAUCUAUCUUGGGGUUGGCCUAUCCCUGGCACUGUUACUGAUCCGAAUUGCAAGAUCCAAUGGCGGGUUUGUUGGCGUCGCUCGAUCCCGACGAGCGCCACGGGAGGGCGAGGAUAUAUCAUCGAGACUUGCAAAUGAUCUCAUCACGACCAAAGACGUCUUUUUGCCCUUUAACCGCCAAGAUUCGUCAAAUCCCGCUGUAUUACUCGAUACCCCCUAUCCUGGCGUGUUUGUGUAUCGCCUACACGACAGCUACAAUUACAUUAAUCAGGCACUGCACAUGGAUAUUUUGCAGUCAUACUUGAUGGAGAAUACCCAACGAACAUCCAAAGAACAACUCGAGCAUGAAUCUGACCGACUUUGGAACGACGCCGGACCCCGUGAUAAGCUUCUCUCUGAGAACUUGCCCUACUUGCGCGCUCUGGUUCUGGACUUUUCUGCCGUCAACAACAUCGAUGUUACCUCUAUCCAGGGUCUGAUUGAUCUACGUAAUGUGCUGGAUCGAUACGCCGCGCCGGACACAGUGGAAUGGCACUUCGCCAACGUCCGGAACCGAUGGACGCGAAAGGCAUUGGCCAGCGCCGGCUUCGGCUAUCCGACAAGUCAAAACCCAGAAGCUGUGGCAAAGUGGAAGCCGAUAUAUUCCAUCGCUCCAGUCAGCGAUGUAGCAACCUCUGCACCAGAUCGACACAGCAGGCUAUCUUUUGCGCCUAGUAGCGGCGAGGAUUCUCAGUCUACUGCAGCCUCCUCCCGUCCUCCGACGGUCCACGGGAAUGGUAGCGGAGCAGCUACGAUUUCAGCCGUUGAUCGACCAUUCUUCCACCUCGAUCUGCAUGACGCUGUUGAUGCGGCGGUGCGCGAUGCCCGCCAUAAAGACGUAACUGGUAGUAUCUGA